GUAGGGGAGAACUUUGUAGAGUAGGGGAGAUGGUUGGACUCGAUGAUCCCAAGGGUCUCUUCCAACCUGGACGAUUCUAUGACUCUAUGUCCCCUGCGUGGUCCACACACGGCUGCUGCUUCUGGGCACCGUGAACCAUCCUCCUCCAGCCGGUCACGUCCCCCGUGGUCCCGACACCCAUCCCCGGGGUGGGAUGAGAACCACACAGCCCCACGGAGCCGGGAAGGAGGAGGAGAAGGGUGGAGGGGAUGGCCAUGGUUGAGGGGGGGUGGCCCGCACAUGCUCGCUGCCUUGUUUUGCAGGGCCCGAGCGGGGGCCGCCCCGUCCCGUCCCGUCCCGCCCCACCGGGGCCGCCCCCGGCAGCUCCGGGCACUUAAAAGCGGGGCCGGGCGGCGGCGGGGCCGGGCUGCGCCGGGGAAAUUUGGCUUCGUUCGCCAUGAUUUUCGAUCGCCUCAAACGCUUUUCUAUCGUGUUGGAGGGGACGGAGAGGGACGGCCCGGCCGCUUUCAGCCCCGGGCAGGCGGUGUCGGGCCGGGUGGUGCUGGAGCUGGCGGCGGCGGCUCGGUUGGGAGCCCUGAGGCUGCGGGCGAUGGGCGCUGCCCGAGUUCACUGGACCGAGUCCCGCAGCGCCGGCUCCAGCACCGCCUACACGCAGAGCUACAGCGACCAGGUGGAGUUUCUCAGCCACCGAGACACGCUCCUGGCACCCCCAGACAAUGGUGAGGUCACCGUCCUGCAGGCAGGAAGGCACGAGUUCCCCUUCACCUUCCAGCUCCCCGAGACCCUGGCUACCUCCUUCGAGGGGAAGCACGGCAGCGUGCGCUACUGGGUGAAGGCCAAACUGCACAGACCCUGGUCGACGGUGAAGAAGGUGAAGAAGGAGUUCACCGUGAUUGAACCCAUCGACAUCAACACGCCUGCGCUGCUGGCUCCCCAGGCAGGUGCAAAGGAGAAACUUGCUCGUGCCUGGUACUGCAAUCGUGGCCAGGUGUCUGUAACUGCCAAGAUCGACCGAAAAGGCUACACCCCAGGUGAGGUCAUCCCUAUCUUUGCUGAGAUCGACAACUGCACGAGCCGAGCGGUGGUGCCCAAGGCGGCCAUCAUCCAGACUCAGACCUUCAUCGCUCGGGGCACCAAGAAGCAGAAGAAGUCGGUGGUGACCAGCAUUGUUGGUGACUCCAUUGCAGCGGGGAAGCGGGAAGUGUGGCACGGGCGGGCCCUGAAGAUCCCACCGGUGGGUCCCUCCAUCCUCCAGUGCCGCAUCAUCCAGGUGGAAUACUCCCUGAAGGUUUGUGUGGACAUUCCUGGGACGUCCAAGCUGCUCCUUGAACUGCCUCUUGUCAUCGGAACGAUCCCGCUGCAUCCGUUCGGGAGCCGCACGUCCAGCGUCAGCAGCCAGUACAGCGUCAACCUGGAGUGGCUGAGCACCAUCCCCGAGCAGCCCGAGGCUCCCCCUGAAUAUUCAUCAGUCGUGUCCAGCCCGGAGGCCGAGCAGAGCCUGGCUCCACCGUGUCGCAGCGAACUGGGGGGCAUCUUGGAAGGUCCAUUCUUCGCCUACAUCCAGGAGUUUCGCUUCCGACCACCUCCGCUCUACUCGGAGAUCGAUCCAAACCCCCCUUCAGACAACAUCCGUCCGCGCUGCAUGACCUGUUGAGAAGAAGCCACAUGGGAUGCGGUUGACAGCGUUGGAGAUCCCUUGGGAUGAAAGCUUGCACCCUCACAGCACUUGGGUCUGGAAAAAUGAGGACAGGGUGGCCGUGAGACCAGAGCUCCUGCAGCGCCGGGACCCCGGCUCCGCUCACUGCCCUCAACUGCUCUUGUGGUGACUCGUCCCGGGGACCGACACCGAGGGAGGUGUCGUGGGCUCGUGCGUGGUAGGAGAACACGUUGAGACUCCCUGUGUGGACGUGGAGGGUUAAUAACCACCCCAGGAUUUUGGGGUUAAAAGGGGGAAUAUUUGCUCUCCCUUUGCCUGCGCUCUGGCAACUCCUGUCGUGGGAAACAGGAGCCUGGAGGUGUUUCUCAGGAUUACUAGAGAAUAUUUUGAUAUUGAUGCAGGUGCAGCCGUUCUCCUGCAGUAGCUCCCCAGGAUUGCACUUCCCUAAGAAAGCAAAAGGCCUUUUUCUGGCCAGAUGAAGCAGAGACUUUGUCUGCUGCUGAGAAACUUUGCCACGAGCCUGGUGGUGCCUGCAGGGGGAAUGGCUUGAGCUAGUUUACCGAAACUGUAAAGGCUUCCAUGGGCUGUUACCAGGGCAGAGGACUUGGGGGGGACGAAUUUAUGAUCUGUGGCAGUACUUUAGUGCCAUUUACCAAGAACAGGAAAGCUGGUUCCUGUGCGUCAGCACCAAACUUGCACAAUGUGCUGGUUCCCCCCUCCUUUGCCAUGAUGGGGCUGAAAACCAACCCCCAAAGUGUGGUACCACCACGGGGGUGUUGGAGCUGGAGCUCUGGCCCCAUCCUGGUGGCCAAGGAGAUGGGAAGGAAGCCUGAUCCGAGGCUGGUGGAAGCCACAAAUGCUGGUGGGAGAUGUGGAGUUGAAAUUAGUCCUUCAGGGCCAGGGAUCCUGCUCGGAUGGGGUCAAUCCUGUGCCCGUAGAGGGGUCGGUGUCCCCGGCACGGUGAGGACACAGCAGCGACCUGCGCUCGGUGGGGUGGGAACUGAUGAGGCAGGUGUUGUAGCACGGACCAUUUUUGAGCGUGUGUGUGUGCCAGGGGCUGACCCCGCCUGCUCCAGCGUGACCCCAGCAGAGUUUUUUGGGUGCUGAGGACCUUUGCAUUCCCUCACUGAGACAAUCCUGCCCCACGCACAACCAAAGCCAGGUGUGCCUUCGCCUCCGUGCCGGGGCUGCGCUCUGCUUGCCGGGGAUUGCUCAGAUGACUCUUUCUUUUGUAUCUGUGAACACUUUUGUAAUGACCACUCUUUGUCUCUGAUUAUUCUUUUUGUACGACUUCUUUUUUUUCUUGUUGUUGGGGAAUUUUUGUCUGAAAAUAAAUCCUUUAAACCCA